AUGUCUUCUCUCGCUGAACCCCGUCGCCCCCGUCUCCUCGCCCGCAAUCGCAAGCUCCGCCACUUGCGCGGAGUCUGGCUGCGCAACCUGUCUUUUGCGCCGACGAAUCUCAGGACUGCCGACGAUGCCGAUCUGAAUACGAGUCCCAAGAAGCUGCCCGUAGUGAGAGAGACCAGCCAAUUGCAUCCGUCGCGAUCGUCGGAGAGCUUGAGGAAGGAUGGUACGCGGCCUGAUGCUUUGCGACCCCAGCAGAAGAGGAGAACAAGCUUGAGCCUGGCGCAUGCGAACCCCGUCGCGAGGCAGAAGAAGCUUGAGACGUUGAUUGAGGAGUCGGUUGGGGAUGUCUUUUACUCGCUGCACGUCGAAGGGGAGACUGAUCCCGUCUACAUAAGCGAAGUGCGCGAGAAGGCGGCGAACUUUAACUUUAGGUUCUUCAGCCUCGAGAACAGCGAUUCGACCAUCUCGAGAAGUUGCGCCUUGACUGUCCGCGUAUGGGUGCGCCGACCGAAACACACGUCGUGGAUCUUCCUGCUCGAGGAAUCGAUAGACCUUCGUCGACUCAACUUUAUAGGCACGCUCCUAGACCGAAACUUUCCCCCGAACGCUCUCGUAUUCCACCUUGAAGAUGGCGUUUACUCACUCGAUUUCCCGAAUAAGAUCUCGGAACCCAAACAAGCUCCGCCAAUGGCCACGUCGUCAUAUAGUACACUUAUGAAGCUGGCCAACCUAGAAAGCUCGAUCGAGGACGCGAUAGAGACUCAACAACGACUCAUGGAGGAGAUAAAUCAGAUAUUAGCUUCGAGGCCAAAGGACAGAUCGGGGACAGCGCGCGAGUCGGCUUCGCUGGUGGAAAAGUACGUCGCUGUGCAACGGCGCGCAAAUCAACAAGCGCAAAAGAGACGGGAUGAACUACAAGAGUCGCUCCAAAGUCGGAGAGAGGCCAUCGCCAGGGGAAGAGAGCUUCAAGCCAAGGCCGAGGAGGAUAUUGCCAACAACAAGGAGCAGUUGGAAGCUUCCAAACAGCUUCUCGAAACGACACAGCAACAGAUCCGUGGUCAACGAAGACGCAUAUGCUCCGACCUCGCCGAUAUAUUCCCCAUAACUCCCAUACCGAACUCGCCAGCGCUUUCUUUCAAGAUCUGCAAUCUUCCUCUCCCAAACUCGACGUACGAUGCUGCUACGGCGAAGCAGAUCCCUGAGGAUGUCUUGUCCGCUGGACUUGGGUAUGCAACAAUGCUUACCCAUCAUUUGCAGUUUUACCUAUCCCACCCGCUGCCCUACCCUCUCGACUGGUUCGGCUCUCGCUCAUACGCCCGCGACCACAUUUCUCAGCUGUCAGACAAGCAGGUCUCGCGGAGAGAGUUUCCUCUGUAUCUACCACGGGGUGGUUCUACGGCAGGCCAGUGGCGUUUUGAGUAUGGUUGGUUCCUCCUCAACAAAGACAUCGAGGCUCUCUGUGCAUCCCAAGGUCUCCGGGUUGUUGAUAUCCGCCAUUCGCUCCCCAAUCUAGAGUACCUGCUCUAUGUGUGCAGCGCUGGCACUGACCAAGUCCCCGAGCGCAAAAAAGGUGGUGUUCGUGGCCUGUGGGCUGGUAGACUGAAGGGACGGAUGUCGACCAUGUCAGGCCAGAUGGAUGGCGAUGGAGGCAGUAUAACAGAGAGCCGAAGAGGAAGCGUUGACAGCGAGAUGAUGAAUCAGCACAGCGACGCCUUGAGGACAGCCCUGCUGAAGACGAACGGACACACUAGGGAUAAUUCCAUCAUUGACAGCCCAGACGACAACCUCUCGUUGCCAUUUGGGGAGGGCGAUGCCAAGUUUACGCUCAGGACCAAGGGCUUGAGAGAGAAUGUGUCCCGUUGA